AUUAACAUUUCCUGUUGAAAAAACUAGAGAAAAAAAAUCAAAGAACGAACAUUUCUACGCGUAUUACGGAAAUUUGUUGAUGUAAGAUAAAGUCCGCGCAACUUCAGCUCAUAUUUCGAAUAUGUCUCCACUAAUUACAGAGGUAAAUAUCGAGUAGGAAGAAACAUGGCCGAUUCUCCACCGCGCAGACAUUCGUCGGGCUCGGGUUCUGGGAGAAGAGGAUCAAUUUACCGAUCCAGCCAAGUGUUCAAUCGCCUAGAUAGCAGAAACUAUGCAUUACCUCUAGGCGUUCCCGAGAAGUCAACUCAGAUUGAACAACAAGAAGAACUCGUUAAAAAUUUGAACACCUACUAUAUACAGUUGAAGAAACAGAUUCUUCAGUACCAGAGCCCCACUUUAGGGUUGUUCCCGGACAUUGGAAAAGAAGAUAAUCCAACCCAUAUAGCUCACAUCCGGGCCAGCAUCUAUUGCGCUGUGGCUGUGUGGGCAUUAUCGCAGGCAUACAGGAAAGUUGAUGAUGAUCAGGGAAGGACUCAUGAGCUGGCUCAGAGCGCGGUGAAAUGCAUGCGUGGAAUUCUCUUCUGUUGGAUUCGACAGGCAGACAAGGUUGAGGACUUUAAGGCCAAUCAGAGAGCAGAGUUUGCCCUUCACUCGGCCUUCCACAUGGUGACAGGUGAUCCUGUGUACAGGGACGAUGAGUAUGGUCAUCUACAGAUUAAUGUGAUUGGACUGUACUUGAUAUUCCUGGUCCAGAUGAUCACCUCAGGACUACAGAUUAUAUUUACUACGGAUGAAGUAAACUUUGUACAGAAUUUGGUGUUUUAUGUUGAGAGGGCAUACAGAACCCCUGAUUACGGCACUUGGGAAAGAGGAAGCAAGUACAACAAUGGCUCAACAGAAAUCCAUGCAAGCUCCAUCGGUCUGGCCAAGUCAUCGCUGGAGUCCAUCAAUGGAGUCAAUUUGUUUGGUGAACAAGGAACGUCUUCCUCGGUCAUUUAUGUUGAUAUAGAUGCACACAACAGGAACAGAACUAUCUUUGAGUCAAUUUUACCGCGAGAAUCAAAUUCUAAGAACACAGAUGCUGCCCUUCUUUCCACCAUAGGCUGGCCUGCUUUUGCCUUACACGAAGAGGACAUAAAAAAUCGUACAAUCAGCAAAGUUCUCCGCAAACUAAAAGGGAAAUAUGGCAUAAAGCGAUAUCUGAGAGACGGAUACCGUACAGUACUGGAAGACAACAAGAGACGUUUCUACAAACCCGCAGAGAUCAAACUGUUUGAUGGAAUUGAGUGUGAGUGGCCAAUCUUCUACAUCAUGAUGCUGAUUGACAAGGUCUUCCAGCAUGACAAGGACGGUAUAGAGUAUUACUCGCAGCUGAUCAAGCCGUUGCUGUACGACUCGGAAGAAGGUAAACUGGUGCCAAAGUUCUUCUAUGUUCCAAAAGAGAAUAUUGAUGAGGAAAAGAGAGUGCCGGGCAGCAUGACGCGAUAUCCCAGUGCUGAGGGGACGACCGACGGAACUUUCAUGCUAGGACAGUCCGUCUAUUUCAUUUCACAGCUUCUCGUCAAUGGCCUGCUGAAUGUCAAUGACCUUGACCCCAUUAGGAGACACCUGCCUGCAUCAGAGAGGCCAAAGGUCAACAUGAGAUACUCAUCUUUCCAGAUCACACCACCUGACCUGGUGAUCCAGGUGAUCCUGAUUGCUGAGAGUGCCCGGCUACAGCAGCUCCUAGCGACCUACGGAAUCCAGACGCAGACCCCGCACCAGAUUGAGCCCAUCCAGAUCUGGUCGCCCAAGGAGUUGUCAAAGGCCUACGAGUACCUUGGGGUCAACAGGAAACUGGGGCUCACAGGGCGACCCAAACGCCCCUUUGGUGUCCUCAGUACUUCCAAGAUCUACCGUGUGUGUGGCUCCACCGUACUGUGCUACCCCCUGGUGUUUGAGGUCAGUGAUUUCUACCUGGCGCAGGAUGUUCCCAUCAUGCUGGACGAUCUGAAGAAUGAUCUGGCGUUUUUGUCUAAGUGCUGGAAGUUGUCAGGGAGGCCCACUUUCUGCAUGAUCAUAAGAGAAAACAAUGUCAGGGGACCUAACUUUGAGGAGUUUUUAAACCUGCUUGCUCAGUUUAAACGUGGGGAUGUCGAUGGAAUCAGGGUUAGACUAGGAAAGCUGCAGUCCCUCAUCACCUCUGGCUGUGUGGAACAUUUGGAUUUCCUGGACAAGAUUGGAGAUCCUUCGGACAUCUUUGUUCCUUUUGAGGAGAAAACUGUGGGUGCAAGUUUUAAGAGUCUGACUGAGAUCCCCAAGCUUCCAGAGCUGAAUGAUGCCACCCUGAGAUACAAUGAACAGGAUUUAAUGCGUAAAGCUAACUGGGACCUGAUUCACAUGUUGAAAUUGACUGAUGGCAUCUACUCCCAGAGCCAGAUCCUCAGGGUCCUCUUCCAGCGGGAGGGCGCCAACUUCUGGAUCGAGGGGGAGUCCAUUGUCCAGAAGAUGGAACACCUGAUUCACCUGGCUGGACUUUACAAGGAGUGGUCCGUAGUGCGGCUCCAGUCAGCUCUCCUACACAAGACUGUAGACAGCCUGGCUCCCUCUGUCACCACCAUAUUGGUCAGGGGCAAACAGGUAACAGUGGGGGUGUACGGCCAUGAAGAGGAAGUUUUGGACAAGCCUGUUAGCCCCGGAUUCCUACAGGAUCUGAUAUUUAAGAUUUGUUUACCGUACAACAUACAAGAGGCCGUUCUGCAGCAGGAACUUAUUCUUGGAAUUGGAAAGCUGAUUGCCACAUCCCCCGACCUGUUUGAUGGAAUUCUCAAAAUAAGAAUUGGCUGGUUUGUGCGUGCCAUGAGAUUUGAACUGGAGCAGGACGAUGAAGGAAUUGAACUCCAUGACCUUUCCCCUAACGAUGUGAAGGGCAUGUUGAUCGCUGUUCUAGUGCGGAAUGUCUACGAAGCAGACUUAAGGACUCCGCUACAGAAACGGCAACUAGACGGGGCCCUCAAUAGGGUCCCCAAGGAUUUCUACGACAGGGUGUGGUCCAUCCUGGAGAAAACUCCAUACGGAAUAAAAGUGGCUGGCUACCUCCUACCUCAGCAACCCACACUGUCAGACAUGACUAUGUAUGAGCUCAACUUUUCGCUGCUGGUGGAGCAGAUGUUGAGUAAGAUUGUGGACCCAGCUUACAGACAGAUUAUGGUGGAGACAUUUAUGGUGGUCUCCACAAUGUUAGAGAGGAAUCCAGAAGCUUCAUUUGAUCAGGCCGUCAACAUGGACAAGAUAAUCAUGGAUGCUUUUGAGGAGUUUCAGCGUGACCUUAGUAAAAGUGAAGGUCAUGAGAAGCAGGAUGAGAUGACCAAGUUCUAUAGCACGCCGCCAAACGUCAAACAUGGAACAUCACGGUAUCUGACCAAAGCUGUCAUCAACAACUUACUGGAAGGGGAGAUGAAGUUUGUGUCUGAUGAUAUGUGUAGUGUUUCCUGAUCGUAGUACAUGCUUACAUUGUCUGUGUGUCCGACGGUAUAACGUUAUGUGAAGUGUUUCAUAAACGGCCACAGAUUCUUACAUUGUCUCUAUGUCUGCCUGAUGCUGGGUCAUGGAUAGAAGAAACUUAAUUUGAAGUGCAUUGGAAUUUUCAAAACUGUGUUUUGAUAGACAUUUGUGGAUUGUUUAUUGUUUUAAAAGAUGUGCUUCAUGUUUUACAGUGUGUUGAAUUAAUGCAGUGACAGAAGUCCACUUAUUUUUGAAUGCUUAGCAGGUGCUUGUUAUGUUUUUGUAAUAUGACGCUUUUAGCUAUAAUAAGCAUUAAUUUAAUAUAAAAAGGAGUUUUGUUACUGUUAAUACCAAAUACAUGAAUAACAAUUUU